CUUGUCACGGUGCGGAGCAGGACCUCCGACGAGGAGUGAACGAAAAGUGGACGGAGGAGUGAACCGGGUUGCGGUUUUAUGUUGUCUUACUCGUUUUUUUGUCUGUUCCUGGAUUUGACGGAUUUUACAGCUGCAGUUCUUUUGUUCACCUCUUCUGAACCGAGAGAAAACCCCACACACACACACACACACAGACUCAAACAUGGAGAUAGAGAAGGAAGUAAAGAAGAUGACCCUCGGACACGAGUUUGGCGCUGGGGCGGCCUGUCUGAAAUGCAAGGACAAGUGUGAAGGCUUCGAGCUGCACUUCUGGAGAAAAAUCUGCAGAAACUGUAAAUGUGGCCUCACAGAGCACAACGUGCAGAUGAACUCGGAGGAGAACAAGAAGGUGGGGAAGCUGUUCGAGGACACAAAGUACACCGGCCUCAUCGCCAAGCUGAAAAAGGACGGCCUCCCCAGCUACAAAGGCAACAUGGUGACCAUCACUCUGCCCAGUGCCUCCACUGCUUAUGCUGUACCGCCAAGUGCUUUUCCCACCAUUCUGCCCCCCUCUGCAGCAGCCGGGUCUGUACAGCCUGCCGGAGCUGCCGGAGCUGCCGGAGCUGCCGGAGCUGCCGGAGCUGCCGGAGCUGCUGCACGUACAGCGGCCAGUGGUGCUCAGGCUCCCGCUCCAAGCCAAACACCAGGUCAGGCUCCAGGUUACGCUCAAGGUCAGGCAUCAAUUAGGCCAGUACCAGUCGGGGUCACUGCUGUCAGGGCCAACAAAGUGCCGGUUUCUGUGAGUGCCACAUCAGCCAAUGCUGUCCCAGUCCCCAAAGACGUGCCAAUGACAUCUGUCACCUACGAAUGGGCUCCUCCAGUGGCCAAUAAGUAUCUGGCGGUGCGUUACAUCCAGCUGCUGCCAGCAGAGAAACGUCCGGUGGCCGGCACAGAGGGAGCUGCCUAUCGCAGACAGCAAAUGGCCUGCCAGCUGCCCGAGCACGACCAGGACCCGUCCAAGUGCCACGAGCUGACCCCCGCGGAGGUCAAACUAAUGCAGCAGUUUGUCCGCAAGUACAAGGACGAGGCCCUUGGGGUGGCAGACGUCAUGCUGCCUGAAGAGAUGGCUCUGAUUCAGGCACAAGGACAGGGUGGGGCUGGAGGGGCAGGGGUUGCUGGCUAUGGACCUGGAGCUGGAGCGGGACCUGGAGCUGGCUAUGGACCUGGAGCUGGAGCUGGAGCUGGACCUGGCUAUGGACCUGGAGCUGGAGCUGGAGCUGGACCUGGCUAUGGACCUGGAGCUGGAGCUGGAGCUGGAGCUGGACCUGGCUAUGGACCUGGAGUUGGAGCUGGACCUGGCUAUGGACCUGGAGCUGGCUAUGGAGUUGGAGCUGGUGUUGGACCUGGAGCAGGACCUGGUGCUGGCGGUGCACUUUCAGACCCUGCUACUGGACAAUCUUUUGGAUUUGGACCAGCAGAAGGAGCUGUGGGUACCACUGCCACAGCUGGAGCAAUGGGGGUCCCUGGAACUCAGCAAGCUGGACUACCACAACAGGCCUUUUCCUGCCGUCAAUGCCAGCAGCCGAUGGGUCGGGGCGAGCCAGCUGUGUACGCUGAGCGCGCCGGCUACGACAAGCUGUGGCACCCAGCGUGCUUCGUCUGCUGUACCUGCAACGAGCUUCUAGUGGACAUGAUCUACUUCUGGAAAAAAGGCAAGCUGUACUGUGGACGCCACUACGGGGACAGCGAGAAGCCGCGCUGUGGAGGCUGUGAUGAGCUGAUCUUCAGUAAUGAGUACACUCAGGCAGAGGGACAGAACUGGCAUCUGAAGCACUUCUGCUGCUUUGACUGUGAUUGCAUCCUGGCUGGAGAGACGUACGUCAUGGAGAACGACAAGCCCGUCUGCAAGCCGUGCUACAUGAAGAACUACGCUGCGAAAUGCGCCUCCUGCCAGAAGGAAGUGGAGCCCGAGGCCCAGAGGGUUUCCUACGGCGAUCACCACUGGCACGCUGAGCCCGAAUGCUUCAAGUGCUCCGGCUGCUCCAAGUGCCUGACGGGCCAGCGCUUCAUGGCGGUGAAGGCCUUCCUCUUCUGCUCUGUGGAGUGCAAGAAAAAAAUCAUAACUUAGAGGGCCAAACAUCUUCUCCAACACAACCACUUGUAAAAACCAGAACAGACUGAACUCCAACUAGAACCAGAGCAGGGAAAUCAAACACUGGUGCAGAUGGAUGAGGGCAGAUGAUAUAAUAAUGUAGUUUUGUUAGCAAUACAGAGUGCCUGAUAUCUCGAAUGUAGCGAUGUAUAAUAAUAAUAAUAUUGAUAAUGAUAAGUCUAUUUGCUAUUUACAUUUCUGUUUGUCCUCUGCCUUAUUAUCAGCCGUCUGUCUUCAACAAGUACUUUUUGUUGCUUUUCUUGCACUGUAUGUUUUUCUACUGAUGAGAUUCUUUUUGUAUCGGUUGGAGAAAGAGAUCCACUAUUUAGUGUCUAUUAAUAAUUCUAAUGUCUAUUAGUAAUAAUGUCUAUUAGUAAUUGGGGUCAUUUAACCACUUAAGAAUCGACACUUUCUUUCAUAUGUAUCGCUUCCAUCGUACAGGAGACUACUGAUCUUCACUCUCCUCGAUGCAGCAACGUGAUGAGCAAUAAUAACCAGGUUUGUUUUAGCUCCAGUGCACUGUGUCAGAUCCAACUCAAGUGAAAUAAUCAUACUUUUCCCUCACAUCAUUAUGCGACAGUAUUUCUGUGAUUUAAGGAAUUCAACAUGAUCACAGUGUUGAGAGGGUUGGAAUUAAAUUGCCCACAAACUACAA